AUGAAGUCGCACGACCAGAUGAAGAGCGCCGAGGCCAAUGAUGCCGCCUGGGAAGCCACACGAGGAGCCGUUAUGGGCGCAGCGAGAUGGGGUCUCGGAGCUGCCGUCAUUAGUGCCGUCGCAUACAAGUUCUCGCCGCUGUAUAAGGGCCUGACGAUUCAAUUUAAAUGCUACAUUCAAAUGUCCGCAAUGGUGCUCGGAAGCAUGCUCGAGGCCGACCACAGGUUAAGAGAGUAUGAGGCCAAAGUCAGGAUGCAAAAGCGCAUUCUGAGGGAAAGGGCGAAGUGGGAGAGGUUCGAGCAAGAGUACCUUGAGAACCCAUCGGAGAAGAAGUAA